CAGGGACCCAGCAGUCUAAACACCCCACCCACGCACCCACCCUCACGCUGUCAAACCACAGUAUGCAAAACCGGUCAUCUGGACCCAAAAGACGUGACUUAUGACCGUGUAUUACCGUAGAGAUGCCCAAAAGUCAGCAUUGUAAGAGGACGCACAGUUAGUCUUCGCGUCAGGGAGGGUUGGCUUCAUCCUGACGUUGCGCCGCUGUUGCGCUCAGUAUCUUCACCACAAAAUCAACCCAAACGUGGCCAUCUUUCAGCGUGAUUUGACAUCGAGCCAUCUGGGAACCUAGGAGAUGACAUUUAUCGUCAACAUGUUUACCUUCAGCCAAGAGAUCCUCUUUAACCUUUUCUUUAACGUUUCUCACUUCCCAAAACCACGGAUUGGCAUUGGACGUGUGAACUAAAGUCUUCGGAAAACCACAUUCUGCAAAUAUCCAAAUAUUCUUCAUCCUCACCCACUAGGAGAAGAUGGACAGUCCACCUAAGCUAACCGGGGAGACUCUUAUUGUCCACCACGUUCCACUUGUUCACUGCCAGGUUUCAAGCUCACGACAAUACUGUGGUAGUCCAUUGAAAAGGAACAGUAAUCCUUUCAGCUGCCCAGAGAAUCUGGGAUUGAGCCGGACUACCUCCCUACCUGAGAGAGAUAUUCUUCAGCGGGAGGCAUUGGUGUACAGCAGCCUCAUACAGACAUCGAGCAGCAGCCUUAGCUCUAGUGAUACUUUUGGGGAUGGAGGAAUUAGAGGAGGGCAGAAACAAGGAAGAGGUGGGAGAGAAGGGAGUAUGGCAAGUGACACUUCCUCUUUCACCUCAAGCAAUUCUGAAGAUCAAGCUCAAGGCUUGCAGAUGAAGACACGUGAACAGCUGAACUCGAGACGUAACCCCUUUCUGCUCAACACUGAAGAUGAGGAUGAUGAGGAUGAAGACAAUCUGAAUGGAUAUUUGGAAGACUCCUCUUUUCACCUGCAUGGAAAUUUGCAUGAAAUCUCAAAUGCAGCACUUGCAAAUGAAGACUUGCCGUCUUUCCACCUGCAUGACAUUGGGUUCACCGUUGAACCUUUUCUCUUGCAUGGGUCUACAGAAAAACAGUGGAGUUCCAUACAUGGGCCUAGUGGGGAAGCAGAGCACAGAGACCACACAAUAGGUGGGACUUUCGAUUUGUCUACUCACUUGGAGGGACUGAACUUGCUGAGAUUAGAUAGCCAGCGGCGCCACGGAAGCAGUGGUUCCACCCUUUCAAUGGACUGUGGUGAGCAAGAAUGGGGUGAGGAUGAUGAUUAUGAAGACCAGUCCAUGCAGGGUGGCAGAGGAAGCUCAGAGUGUUCCAGUCUUGCAGCACCACAUUGCUCCUGUUGCGGCCUUUCUCAGCCAUACCCUGAACCUUUUCACGAAUCAUUUUCUGAGUGUCACCAGGGCUACGGCAGUGAUUCCUCCUGCAAUAGCUCAGAUGGAGUGCUGGUUAACUUCAGCACGAUUUACAACAAGAUGAACAAUGUUGUCCCAGCCAAACAGUCACUCAAUAUCAACAGUUCAGUCGAGCAAUCCUGUGCCUCAUCUGUGUCUGAGCUUGUUGGGAUGUGCGGAACAGAAUGUAGCAGUGGACGUGGAGCUUUCUACCUGGACUUACACACCUCCCCGAUUGAACCCGCUCAGCAUCCUUCGGCCACUCAAGAACAUGCAAACUCUUCUUCUGUAUCUCAGCCACAAGGUGCCAAUAUGGAACUAGAUGCCAACUGUAACUCAUACCACAACCUUCUUGGAAGUGAGGCACUGUCCUCCGUUGAAACCUCUGCCAGUGAACUCAUCUCGUGUCUUCAAAGCCAAGCUCGCUUGGUUGUAGCAACUCAGAAUUACUACAAGCUGGUGACAUGUGACCUUUCUUCCCAGUCCUCUCCCAGUCCAGCGGGAUCAUCGGUCACAAGCUGCUCAGAUGAGCACAGCAAAGGAAGUCCCACUCAGCCAGCAGAGUACUACCUAUUCCAACAAAUGAAAGAGGAUGAAGAAGAGGAAGAUGCAGAGAAUGAAGAAAAGGAUUCAUGUGAGAUUGAAUCUACCCGUGAGAAUGUAAUUGAGGGGCAGGUGUAUAUCAACAUCUCCCCACCUACAACAACCUGCAAUUCAGUUGGUGCUUCAGGGAGCGGUCGACCUCGUUCUCGCAGCUACGAUCGGAACCUAGACAAGUCACCAUCUCCUCGCCUUGGGUCCUUGGAGCGCAUGCUCAGCUGCCCUGUUCGGCUCAGUGAGAGUGCAGCCCCUAGCCCGCCACCUCCACCACGUGUCACUUCUUUUGCGGAAAUAGCGAGGAAUAAGAGGAGAACCGGAGGAUCACCAUCACAGAGGGGCGGAAUGGAGGCCACAUCCAUGAACUCUCACUCAUCUGGAGAGUUCUCGCCCAUCCUGGAAGACCUUCCACAGGGUCAGAGCCACAGUUUGCCACCACUCACUCGAUGCCAUAGUCAAGGGAGCUGUGAUUUGUCCUCCCCGCAUAGAUCUCGGAGUACACCGCUGCGAGAAUCACCAGGGGGAGCAGGAAAACGGGCUCGAACCAAAGCAGAAGGUGGCCUGUCUAGCUCCACAGACUCCUCUCCAGUUGUAUUUCGCUAUAGCAAAGAUCAACGUCCGACCUCAUUACCCAUUCAGCCUUUCACUUUCCAGCACCAGUUUGGAAAACCCCAGACGAAGCCUCUCCUUCCUCUUUUGGACGGAUACAUCAGCCAAAUGCAGGCUCGAGGGGCUGCAGUGUCUGAGGGAGGUGAAGAUGACUCGGAAGAAGAUCGUAGGCCACCUCACGGCUCCUCCAAUGCACCUACAACAGUGCGGCCAUCCCCACUGGGCAGCUAUUCCCCAAUUCGCCUCGAAGUUGCACCCACCUCUUCUGGAACCUGCUCGACGUGCACUCCGACCCCUGGUGGUCCGAGGCCACCACGUUCCCUCUCUUGCCCGAUCUCUGCAGGUCUUCUGCCCCAGCAUACCCCAACUGGAAUGGCCAUAUGUACAGAGACGCCUAAACUUGCCCCCUUACCUCCAACACCGCCUCCACCUCCGCUGAUGAAGCAGAGUCUGCUGAUGCCUGCAUUGCCCACUAGAAAUCACUGUUUCCACCGUGGCAAUUUGCCGACGCUACCCAGCUCAGGUCUCAGUCCUCGUGGACCGUUGGAACCAGCGCCACAGGAAGAGCCAGUGAAGGUUUUACCGGCAUGUGUGACACCGCAACAGCCUAAUGUGCACCACCUCUCCCCGCAGGCACUCAAAUGGAGAGAGUACAGGCGCAAGAACCCUCUGGGUGUGGAGCGUGGUAAAAACGGCCCUCAUUCUUUCUCUUGUGCUUUGGAAACCAAGAGACCUGGAACUCGAGUCAUGCGACGCAAUGUGUUUGAUUUCUCUCCCACCAAUCAACCACUCAGCUUCGGCAGACUUAAUGGGCAGUCAUUGAGGCAACUGCCGCAGUGCUACAGUGACUUCCUGCCGGAUUAUUUCUCUCAGACAGAGCGCCCCCCAGAAGAAUUCUGCUUAUCUCCUGAUGCUAAUACUGAUGAAUCCAUCUCUAUAGACCUGUUGCAGAAGAGAGGUUUGGUGAAGGCCAUAAACACAGCAGUCGAUCUGAUAGUGGCUCAUUUUGGCACCAGUCGGGAUGCAGGAGUAAAGGCCAAAUUGGGAAAUAGCUCUGUAAGUCCGAAUGUGGGUCACCUUAUUCUAAAGUACCUCUGUCCUGCCAUUCGUGAGAUACUGCAUGAUGGACUGAAAGCGUAUGUACUGGACCUGAUCAUCGGACAACGCAAAAACCAGCCCUGGAGUGUGGUGGAGGCCUCCACACAACUCGGUCCCUCUACGCGGGUUUUACACAGUCUGUUUUCUAAAGUCAGUCAGUAUUCUGAGCUGACCAAUCACAGUAUGAGACUCAAUGCCUUCAUCUUCGGCCUGCUGAACUUGCGAUCUCUGGAAUUCUGGUUCAAUCACAUUUAUACACAUGAAGACAUUGUAGCAGCCCACUACCACCCAUGGGGUUUCCUACCCCUGUCUCAAGGGGCCUGCCAGCCACUGUUUGAAGAGUUGCAGCUCCUUCUUCAGCCGCUCUCACUGUUGCCCUUUGACCUUGACUUGCUAUUUGAGCCACACCAGCUACAGAAAGGGGAAGAACACCUGAGACGCAAAGAACAGCUGUGCUGUGCUCGCCAAGGCCUCGACCAAUCAGAUUGCUCCACCUUUCAGCUCAUGCGAGGCUGUGGAACGUUGGAGUCUGGAGCACAGGACGUGGGAAUGCAGCCUCAGAGAGAAAGGUUCUUGUUGAGAGAUGAAGACAGCCGGCUUAGGACAGAGGGAGUGACAUUAAAAAUGAAAUGUAAUGGGCGGAGGAGUGCGGGAGAAGAGUGUGAAUCACGGGAUAAGGAGGCUGGAGUUGGCAAAGAGUUUUUGAGGAAGAGUGACGCAGGACAGAUAGAUGGUGGCGGGUGGUGUGCUGGCAGGAUGAAGGGAGUUGGAGAAGACUGUGAGAAAGAGAAAAGGAGAGAAAGAGAUGGAGAUGGAGCCAAACAGAGAAACCGACAAGCUGGCUGGUGGUACCAGCUGAUGCAAAGUUCACAGGUUUACAUCGACAACUCCGCCGAGGGCUCAAAAUUUGUGAAGUUGGAGAAGAGGAGGAAAGGUGGUGUUGAGAGCCACCGACAAAGCCAUCCACCUCCUAGAGAAGGUGUGGUUGAGGGGGCCGAGGCCAUCCAACCAAUGGAUGAACAGGUGGAACAUUGUCGGACCAGCAGUAGCAAUAUUAAUAGCAUUGGCAAUGCUGUCCUCCACCAAUCAGCAUUGUCAGAACCCACCAAAGUCACAAAGGGGAAGCCAUCGUGGAUGGGAAGUCCUCCGGAAUCAGUCCUCACUGAGCUGAAGAAGAGUAAGGAAAAGCAGCCAGACUGCCAGGAUGCCUUUAAAGGGGUUCAGGCCCAGCCAGGAGCAGGGGAGGAUGGGUCGGCACAGGUUCUCCGCUGGGGUCGGCUGUUUGGAGCUGGAAACGCAAGCAAGGUGGAGAAGAGUGAGCAGAAACAAGUCAGAAAACAAAGAUUGCCGUCUGGUUGGUUGAGUCUCGACCGUUCCAUGUUGGAUCUGGUGGCUCAGUCUGUUGGAGUGGGAAAAAGAGCGGAGCAACAAUCUCUCACGUCUCAAAGCCAAGAAUCCCACCUUGGCCCAACUGAACAAGCACAAACACAGAAUCUCCCAAAACAGAGACAAGUCCCAUGUGAAGUGAAGGCGUUAUGCCAUCAUAUAGCCACAGAGCCAAGGCAGCUCAGUUUCCAUAAAGGUGAUGUGCUGCAGGUGCUCAGCAGGGCAGACUCUGAUUGGCUGCUGUGUGCUCUGGGCGACAGCCAGGGCCUGGUUCCCAUCAUAUACGUCACCCUGAUUGAGGACCGUCAGGAGCGCUGAAACUCGUAGGCUUCGAUAGAGACAGGUGUGAGAUGCGGUUGGGGAUAAAGAGGAAGGUCACUGCUUUUCUGAAUAUAAAAUCUGCUGCACAAUGGAUGAGUCUGACGGAUUCAUUAUGUGCUUGCAUGUGUAUGUAAACACCAAUACACCAGUGCACACACACAAACAUCACACUUUGCUGUUGUGAAAGCACCCUCUUUAUUUCAAUGAACAGCAUUGAGCCAACCAGUGAUUAGAAAGUGUAGAUCUAGUUACUGAGUAGUGAAAUUGUUUGCAAUGGGCCAUCGGGCUUUGCAACUUAGCUUGUAAUCAUAAAUGUCAAUAGCCUUUUAAAAAUAACUAAAAAACCAAAUGAAGUUGUUAGAUGACACUACUGGCACAUAUGCCUUGUCUUUAUUAAAUACUGUAUGAUUUUAUCUAAUCUAGAUGUUAACCAACUCAUGUGUUGUGACUGACAGUGUGUGCAUGUGCCCUUCAGAGGUCAUGCGUAAACUGGAGGUCAUUCGUAAAUAUCUCUUUCUCACACUGUUCGUGCAAAGAACUGUAUGAAGCUGUAUAGUAAAUCACUGAAAAGGGAAGCCUUGGUUUUUAAGUCUACAGGAAUUAAAGCUCAUUAACAUGUUGAAAAAGACUAAGUAUUUUCCCAACCUUACAGGACAAGGGAAAUCAGCCUGUCCAGAGGCAUUUGUUUUCUCCAGCCUGUGCUGCUUUGACAGGUAAAUCGAUACACUAAUGCGAUCACCUCAAUCUCUGUCCCUUCAUUUCAAGCUUUUUUCACCAAUUUCAAGGGACAAUUUACAGCCUGCAAGAUUGCCUGCAUGUGAUGGAGUGCAUCACAAAUGUUUUGCUUUUGCUGAUACUUAACUGAUUUAAAGAGUUGAAAUAAGCUCCAUCUUUAACCUUAAAUGUGAUAUAUUCCUUCCUAUAUAUCAACCUUUGCACAACGUGCAAUAUAUAUAUAUACAGUAGAAAGGGAAGAUAUGUCUAAUGUUUGUCUAGUUUAGAUUUUUGGUUGUUUUGAUUUGGUUCAAGGAGCUUUUGAUUCUGUUUGGAAUAUAUAUUUAUUAAGAUAGAUGAGUCUGUAGAUGAACGGAUGGAUGUAUAGAUAGAAUGGGAUGGAUUUAUAGAGUUUUAUGUAAGUAGUUGAAUAGAUGGUGAACAAAAAAAGAGUUUAAUGGGGUUUGGUGGCGAAUCCCUUCCCCUUCAAAUACAUUCAGUUCAUGAGAUGAUUUCCUCCAGCAAGUGAAAGUGUUCUUCCAGACAUUUUAAUGCUUAAAUAUUAUCCACAAAUAAUUUUCUCUGCUUUUGCAGUAGAGGACAAAAAAAA